AUUGAAACUUGUAUUAGUAUAUAGAACAGUACAUAUUCCGUACAAUUCACCACUAAAUGGUAACAGCUGAAUACGUUUUUCAACUUGUUUAAGUCGGGGUUCAGGGAGUGUUUUGUAUUACUGUAACAUUUUAAAAACGCAAUGACCAUAUAUGGACAUAACGCUCGUACGUAUAAAUAGGUUAACCAUCGUCAUGCUUUAUCGUUGUCUUUAAACUAACCACGCUAUACGUUGGAUUAGAACUCAAAACAUGCUGUUUUGAACUGAUGUUGAAAUGUUAACGACAUCAAUUGCUUAGUGCUGUGACGUCACAAGUCCUACUGCCGCCUUGUGGCAAGGUUUGCGUUUCGACAGAUUUGACCUUCCUGCUUUGCCGUAGAGAGAAUAAACAUUGUCACGCAGCUGUUCUUGUCGUGUUACGUUACUUACAUAUCACAUCUCACGUUGAAGUUAUUCCUUCGAAAUACAUCGUGAAGAAUUGUUUCUGUGACAAAACGUCAUGGAGCCGCUGAUAAAGAUCAACCCAGGAGCAACCAAAUGGGACAUUCGUGGGAAAGUUUGGGACUACAUCGAAGACAACAAUCUGGCUAACUUCCCCCGGCCCGUUCAUAACAGAAUCCCCAAUUUCAAGGGUGCUAGUCAAGCCUGCGACAGGCUUGCUGAUCUGCAAGAGUUCAAGUUAAGCCAGACAGUUAAAAUAAACCCAGACAGACCUCAGCAGCAGGCCCGCUUUAUCACGCUGCAAGCACACAAAACGUUAUUGGUCCCAACCCCUCGUCUUCGCUCUGGCCUUUUUAACAAGAUUGUUCCUCCCCAGGGAGCCAACAAGGAACAGCUGCGCAUAUGCUGUUCCUCACAGGGUGUGAAAGAGUUUAGCGUGCCGAUUGACCUGGACAGCAAAGUCAAGAUUGACCUUGUGGUGGUUGGCUCUGUGGCUGUGUCAGAGAAAGGUGCCCGCAUUGGAAAAGGGGAAGGCUAUGCAGAUUUGGAGUAUGGAAUGAUGGCCUCAAUGGGAGCUGUAAAUGAGUCUACUGUUGUGGUCACUAUUGUCCACGACUGUCAGGUAGUGGACAUUCCUGAUGAGCUGAUGGAAAGUCACGACCUGACUGUGGACUACAUACUCACCCCAAGCAGAGUUAUUCAGACAAACUGCCAGUCUAAGAAACCACAAGGAAUCAUUUGGACCAAGCUGCAUACAGCUAAGCUGGAGAAGAUCCCCAUCUUGAAGAAGUUCUUGGCCUUGGAGGAAGAGGCAGGGAAGGACGUCACACUUGGGCCAGAGCCUCCUGCAACCGAGUCACCUUUCCAACACGCUCACCCCAAAAGGGAAAACAAACGCAAGCCAAGGCAGAAAGUCAGAGAAGAUGCCCGAGAAGAGUUCAAUGAGGAAAGAAGUGGGGAAGCAGACCCGAACACAAGAAGACGUCCACCUCGAGUGAGGAAAGAAAGCAGAGGAAGUGAAGGAGAGGGUGUUGAAAAGAGAAAGAGAACAAGAGGAGGUGAAGGGAAUAGGAAAGAGAAGAGUCAGGAGAGCGAAGGAGAAGUUCUGACCCAAAGUAACUGCCUUCCCGGUGUCACCACCGUGUAUCUGGGUGGGAUUCCUACCGGGCUGCGCGUGAGUGAGCUGAAGAUCGCCCUCAGAGAGAAAGAGGCGGGGCCACUCAGGCUCACCUGGCAGGGAGCUCAGCGCCGGGCAUUCCUGGACUACAGCGACCAGCAGGCUGCUGAGAAGGCUCUGGAGGCUCUGCAGGGGCUCAGUCUGAAUGGUCAAAGCGUGCAGGUCGAGCUGGCCAAGAGCCAACGUCGCAGCAAGAGGCCUGGCACUUCUUAUCGCAGACCAAAACCACCCACUGCUCCGACGUGCGAUGCAGAAGCAACCGUUUCAAAGAGCGAUGCUCCUGAAGAGAUUGAGCAGUAAAAACACAAAAAAUAACUGCACUAACCCUGAGAUGCCUUAAUAACACUUUGGUUUGUUGAAAUGUAUCGGAUUGAUUACAGUAGAGCCAGAAUUGUAUAUUGAGCAACAUCUAAAUAAAAUAUGCAACAAAAGGA